AUGUGGUACACCACAUUUUGCCUGAUGCUCAACGAAUACGUGCAAGAAAUGUAUCCAGUGGAGGACGGGACGUCAAGUCCGAAAAUGAACGGCCUGCGAUCCCGGAUGAUAGCCAUGCAGUCACAGCAGAGCCAAAUACCCCAUUCCCAGAGUGAAAACAGCACUCGGUUACCGCUGAGACAAGAAUCCCGCGCCACGGUGGCAAUGCUCGCACCAGCCGUCCACAUCAUGCACCAGGUGUGGAAGGGGAUGGCGUGGGUGACAGACGCCGUGGAAGAAGAUGACGACGAGGUGACGCAGAGCUACGAUCGGAUAGAACAGGGCACCUCCAACAGCAACUCCGAGGCGUUCAAACGGUUGUCGACGAUCGCCGAAUCGAGCUGUAGUAUCGUUCGAGAAAUGGAAGAGAUGAGCAGCUCCUACAACUCGAAAAACGACGUCAACUUG